AUGAAGACCAGCAUUGAGUUCCUUCUUGUCCUUGUUCAGCUCUUAGAGGCACAUGCAGAUGUGACCUUCAAGCAGCUGAACGAGAAUCAGUCCUUGGAGCUCUCUUGUCACGGGGACCACAGAGGUCUAACAAGCCUCCACCUGUACCACAGCCGAGGACACACACAGACCACAUUGCUGUCCAUGCUCCCACGUGGCGGCGGCAGAGAAAGCGACGAGCUCAGGCUGGACCCGUACAACAAGUGGCGCCUGCAGGUGUCUGGAGGAUGGAACACCUCACAGGUGAAGGUGAUGUUGCUGCGUUUGAAACCAGGUGACUCGGGCUUGUAUGUAUGCCAGCGCUUCUACAGAGAAAAGACUUCACAGCACAACUCCUUCACCACUCAGCAGCUCUUCCUGUUGGUUAACGGCUCAGGGAGGAACUGCCAAUGCUCUUCCAGCUACCCCCCUCUGCUUGUAGCCAUCUUUUCAGUGACCUGCUUCCUUCUGAUCGUGGUCGUGUGGCUCGCUAUUAAAAAAUGUGUUGAGACAAGGCGCCACCCGAGUGCACCUGCUGCUUUUCCAGUUUAUGAGGAAAUGGCCAGGAAGCAGCAACACUCCGAAAUAAUCCCCCCGUAUCAGCAGGAAGUGCCCUCACACCUGGAGGAGGUCACCUCUCCAUUGUAUGCUAACGCCCCCAUAAAACAACCACAGGACAACUGCUAUGCCUGCCCCAGACACAUCGCCCUCAGAGCGUGAUUGAAGUGGAGACCCAACCGAUUUAGCGUCUCCAAAAACACCAACGAAAGUUUUGCUUACAUUUAGAACAUAUAUUUAGAAAUCGUAACUAGCUUUUAAAGUAGUUUUUACUCACCGCUGAUACUACAAGUCCCAGAAUGCAGUGCUUUUUGUGCUGUCAGUUAGCUUUCCCCGCUCUCUUUCACUGUCACGAAGCUCUUAUAACUCAAGUUUGGGUUUUGUGACACAAAUAAGUGGUCCAAAAUGUAUAUACAUGUAUUUAAACAUAUAUAUAUAUAUAUAUAGAUAAACAUAUAUAUGUAGAGACAUAUAUAUGUAAUAUUCUAUAAAUAGUAUGCCCGUUACCUAGCUUACAUAGGCUGUGACUUCCUGUUCCUGUGACUACGGCAGCCUUUGGUGGUCAAAAAGGCGUCGACGAUGUCCCGUGACUAAAGCACUGUAUUGUACUUGGUGGCAAAUGUACUUAUUUCAUGAUGAAAGCGUUGGUGUUUUAUCAAUAUAAUUCCUGCAAUUUUCUGUAUUAGUACUAGUUUCUGGGUGUGUUGUGCAUACAAAAAGAAAGUGCACGUUUCUUUUAAACAGCCGAGAAAAAAAUUGCUAUUUUAUUAAUAUCUGAAAGAAGCUCCAUAAUUCAUGAAAACAUUUGUUUCGGUGCAUGUCAUUUUUGAACAAUCACAUUCUAUGAGGAGAAAGAUAUACAGAGAGAGAGAGAGAGAGAGAGAGAGAAAUAAACCAUUACAAGCCACUGACUUUUCAUUAAAUCUCAGUACAGACAUUUUUUUUGUAAUAUUCCAAACCAUAAAGCAAAGGCAAAAAAAGCAGCCCUAAUUCCAAACACCCAUUGAUAACCCCCCACCCCACAAAAAAAAAAAAAAAACCCCUUAAAAACCUUGAGGGUGACAGGCUGGAAUCCCACAGUGCUAGAGUGAGACGCUCAUUGGUUUUUAGGAAUACACAGCAUGGCGAUGUAACACGAUCGGAAUCAGGCCAAAUAAAAAUAAAACCAUAUUGGAUUCCCUCCCUAUCCCAUAAAACCCCUGCAAUAAAUCGCCCACAGUCAGUGUAGGCCAUGAAAUCGCCUUCUUCUGCUCCUCCAACACUUGUGCAUAGUUUCAUGUUCCUUUACAACCUUGUUUUACAAACAUCCUCCACACACACACAAAUCAUAUUUUUCAUGAGCGACAAGAGAAAGAAGGUAAGAUAAUAAUGCACGACUCUCCUGAUUCAGUCAGGAUGGGACCUCAGUAAGAAAAAACACAAGAAAGGGUCAAAACAAAACAGCUUUUUGCAUCAUCUUAUUCA